GUAUCCCAUAAUGCAUUGCGCUCUGGCUGGAUCAUGGACCAAGGCGAAAAUGAUCUUCCAGGAGGCGACGGCUCGGGGGGGCUGAGCGACCUGGACGUCCGCAGACAGAUUCCCAUUAAGCUGCUUUCAAAGCCGCCCUUAAGGAGCAAACCGCCGCCGCGCACGCAGAGACCCGGCGGCGGGCGUCCGUGUAAAGGCACCCCUGGAGAGGACGAUAAAUUUGGCUUCAAGCAGGAGGAGCGAUUUGACUGUGGAACCAAAGCUGGAGACGUCUUUGGGAGUCAGAGGAGGUUUCCUCAGCCUCUCUUCUGGGAUUACAAGUUAAAUUUGAUCGGUGAGAGGGACAAACUUCCCAUUCACUUCUGUGAUAAAUGUGGUCUCCCCAUUCAGCUCUACGGACGGAUGGUGAGCAGCAGAAACCGUUUUAUUAUAUAUUAUAGAAUAAAUAUCUUAUUUUGUAACAAUAUAAUUCAUGUAUUGAUGUUAAACAAUAUGAAGCAUCAGAGAAACUGCAGAGAAAAUAAAACCGAAUCCUCUGAAGAUUUUUAUGAAACUGAUUCAAAAAUGAAGCUGCUCAGGGUGAUGAGGAUGAUGAGGAUGAUGAUGGUGAGGAUGAGGAUGGUGCUGAGGAUGAUGGUGAGGAUGAGGAUGGUGAUGAUGGUGAUAAUGAGGAUGGUGAGGAUGAGGAUGGUGAUGAUGAAUGAGGAUGGUGAUGGUGAUGAUGAAGAUGAUGGUGAGGAUGAGGAUGGUGCUGAGGAUGAUGGUGAGGAUGAGGAUGGUGAUGAUGGUGAUAAUGAGGAUGGGCCCCCGCCGCAGCACAGCGGCCCUCCUGUCAACGCCCCCCCACCCCAUCACUAUAACCCCUCCUUCCCUGAGGACCAGGGCACCCUCAGCCCCCCCUUCAGCCAGCCGGGGGGGCUGAGCCCGGGCAUGUGGCCUGCCCCCAGAGGGCCGCCCCCCCCACGGAUGCAGGGUCCGCCCCCGCAGGGCCAGAUGCCGGGCCCCCACCAUCCAGACCAGGGCCGCUACAGGCCGUACUACCAGUAAGCUGGUUGCCUAGGUAACAGUCAUUUCCAGUGAUGUCAGCAAAGGAUGUAGGAGAGCUAGAUGCGCACGCAGUCCCAGCGUCUGCCGGAUGAAUAUCUACGUUCAUUAGUUUCACAAUAAACAUGUUUGUUUGAUUUUUGCCUCAAUCUUUUCAGACUUGUUGAUUUUAUUAUAAAAUAAAGUGACGCUGAUUUAAACUCCUCCUUCUUUUCCC